AAAAAACGACGUCGUAUAUCCAAGUCGCGAUGUGCUGCCCUUCCGCGCCUCUUUCUGCCCGAUACAUACCAGUACAGGAGAGGGAGAGACAGCAGAAGCCAGAAGGUGGGCAUGGAUGCGAAUAAACAAGUCGGUGGUUUAGGAGACGAGAGAGCAGGAAAAACCCAAAAUCAAACAGAAGCUAGAGGAGAAGGAGGAGGAGGAGGAGGAGGAGGAGGAGGUUCCAAAGGUAAAUCAUGCAAAGGAUAUCUCUAUUAUUCUUCCUAUCUCAAAUCCAACGGCAACAAUCCUCGCUGCAUCGGCAUCCCUCGUACCCUCCAACAAGUUCCAAAUUAUAUUGUUGGACAAUCUGAGGUUGAAGCUUCUAAAGAGGGUCGGACACUUGCAGAUUUUUAUUAUGCUUGUGCUGGAUACUCAGUGUAUAUCAGCAAAGAUCAUUCUACUGAUAAGCAAGUUACAAAAACACAGCUACCAGUCUGUGUGGGCCUUGAGCUUCUGGUGGAUAGAAGAGUUGCUAAUGCUGAUAAUGCAUCUGCUCCAGCUCAUGUUCAUGGUAGAGAAGGUGGCCGUGAAAUUCAUCAGCCUCGAACACAUAAACCAGCCCAUGCUACAGGAGAUGACUUUCUGAGCAGGUAUACAAGGAAUGCAAGCCUGGUUGCAUCAGGGGUGGCUAGAAACAUGCGAAGAGUUGGGAACUACAUAAAAGAGAGUCUGGAUGAUAUUUUGUACCCAUACCGAAGGCGACCAAAAUGAGGCUGGAUAAGAUGGCAAUACUACAGGGCAAAGGAUGGGAUUGAGGUGUAUGCCAGUUUCGAGUUGUCUCAUUCGAAAGCAAGACGAAGUAUUGUCUUUUACUUGGUAAGGUGAUUGAACCAGAAAUGAUGCAGCCAAAAGGGUUUAUGGGUCUCACGGGUUUUAGGGACCAGGCUUGAUUUAUCAUCUCUCUCUCUCUCUCUCUCUCUCUCUCUCUCUGUGUUUUCAGACGAGAAAUAUUUUGCCAAUUAAAAAUGGAGGAAUGAAAAGUCUACCAAUUCCAUGUU